AUGAACAUCUUCCGCUUCUUGGGCGACUUGUCGCACCUCGCGUCCAUCUUCAUCCUCCUGCACAAGAUCCAGACGUCGCGGUCAUGCCGCGGUAUCAGCUUCAAGACGCAGGCCCUAUACCUGCUCGUGUUUGUCCUUCGGUACCUCGACUUGUUCACAAACUUUGUGUCGCUGUACAACACGCUCAUGAAGCUCUUCUUCAUCGGCUCGAGCGCGUACGUGCUGUACCUCAUGAGGGUGCGGUUCCGGCCGACGCAGGACCCCUCGCUUGACACAUUCAACGUCGCCUACAUCGUCGGACCCUGCGCGCUCCUCGCCCUCAUCUUCAACUACAGCUUCUCGUUCAUGGAGAUUUCGUGGAGCUUUAGUAUCUGGACGGAGAGCGUGGCUAUCAUGCCCCAGCUGUUCAUGCUGCAGCGCACCGGCGAGGCCGAGACCAUCACCACGCACUACAUCGCAGCGCUUGGGCUUUACCGUGCACUCUACAUUUUCAACUGGAUCUGGCGCUACUUCGACGAUGGGUCCAUCGACCCGAUUGCUGUCACGGCCGGUAUCAUCCAGACCGCUAUCUACGCCGACUUUGGGUACAUUUACGUCACCAAGGUCCUCCAGGGAGAAAAGUUCGAGCUUCCCGCGUAA